AUGAGCAGCACGAAGAAGUUCAAGAAGGUUGAGAAACCUCUAUCGCAAACCAGACAUUAUUCUCUCUGCAUUCCCACGACAUUGGUAUCGGACUGUUGCAACCUCUCACAAAUCACACAUAAAGUAUACCAAGUGGCCAAGUUUGCAUCGCUAUUUAAUGUUUCUGAACUUGUCAUCCUUGAGGACGAUUUCCUGGCUAAUGCCACCAAGAAAAAAAUCUCCACCGCCAAAUUAAUACUGGCACUUUUACAAUACUUUGUCACGCCUCCAUAUCUUCGCAAUACUGUCUUCAACGAAAAAUUUAGGCCUUAUUUGAGUGCUGCUUCAAAAUUGCCAAGGCUAUCCGCACUUCCUUUCACCAGGUACCAAAAGCAAGAUCACGGUCGGUAUAGAGAGGGUCUCACCAUCAAAAUGCAGAAACCCACGUUGGCUCGCAAAAAGACAGGUAAGGCAUUCAAACAAACCAAAUACAUUAAUAUAGGAAAAAGCGAGGCAAUGACCCUACAAAGUCAAUUAGUGCCGAUAAACGCAAGGGUCACCAUCGACACAGUAACAAGGAAAAUCGUGUCCCCUCAGGAAGCUUACGGUGAUUUCACCGGAUUGGAGUCGCAGUAUGGCUACUAUACUCGUAUAGCUUCAUCAUUCACAGAUUUGUUCAUGAAGGGCCCUUUGAAAGAGGGGUAUACACAAUCAAUAUAUGUUCCGUUAACCACGGGAGACACACCUAUCCCUGAAUUAUCAUCACUUCCUGCUGUAGGGACUGAUUCUAACAUUCUACUGGUGUUCUCCGCGUGGGAUACUCUUACGCGAGCAUUCAAACUGGACCAGGAUCAAUUCGUAGAUUGUCAAGGUCCUCAAGAAUUCUUUGACGCUCAGUUACCAUGCCCCGUAUCCAAUUCGGACAUCGUGGAUGCCAUUCCCAUGACGCUAACUACACUUUCAACUGUAUUCUAA